AUCAGCCGUUAUUAUUUUUCGACACUUCAAUGCAUGCUCAUUGUUUGUAUAGUGGUGGGCGAACACUUACACUAAAAUAUUGGAAUUGAAUGGUACCAAGAGCUUUGAGCGGUUUUUAGUUUUGAGAUGAUUUUAAAUUACGGCCUAAAGCUACAUUUGACUCCGUCUGUUUAUCGCAUGCACAGCAGGGGUUUGAAUCAAGAAAGUCAUUAAAAUGAAAGUUGAAACAGUAAAACGGUAGGAAACGUCGGAGUGGUAUUAAGGAGGUUUUGAGGUCGUAAGAAGUCUUAAUCCUGGGAGAUCUGUCGAUAUCGUGCUGAAUUUAUUAGGUGAAACCGCGGUUUUUCUAAUUGAAAAUUGCGAAACUCGCCAUUGGCUUUAUCGCUUUCUUAGUAACAAGAAUUAGACAGAGGUCAAACGCGCGCGUGAAGAACGAUACAUCGAAGAAAGAAUUUUAGUUAAAAAAACAAAGAGACCUAGAAAUGCCAGUCGAUGAGUUUAAAGAAAACUGCACGGUAAAUAUCGGAAGUUGCGACAACUCAACAUGGUUAUGGAACUCAUCCAGUUCCAAUGACUCGGAUGAAGAUUUGAGUUCACCUUUCAUCACAAAGUUACAAAUAGGUUUUCAGCUGGUCGUUGGUUUGCUGGGAACUUUCGGUAAUGUAUUGGUUUUCACCGUCAUUCGAGAAAUGAAAAGGAAAAAGUCAACAACGGAUAUAUUUGUACAAAAUCUUUCUAUUGCAGACCUUGGAAUCUUCUUGCUGUCAACUCCGCUCAUGGCUAUCAAAGAAAGAUUGCCGUAUAACUGGCCUUUUGGGAAGUUUGCUUGCCUUUAUUUAUAUCCCAUUCCCGAAAUUUUUCACGGGGCAUCGGUUUGGUGUAUUGCUGUUAUUGCCUUCGACCGAUAUCGACAGAUAAUAACACCGCGGAUUUAUAGUCCCAACAAACGCAGGACUUUGCUGAAGAGGGCCAAGUAUGUUGUUGCCUGUGUAUGGAUUGUUUCUUUUCUGGCACCUUCUUUACCACUUUACUUUGUCGUGGAAUAUCAGAGAACAACCGGGAGAUGGUGUGGUCCUCGCUGGCCACAGCGGUUGUUUGCACAAGCGUACAUGAUUUUGCUGACAGUUUUCUCAUAUUUGUUACCUCUAGCUGUGAUUUCAUGGACUUAUUUGGCGAUCUCGCGUAUAAUUCAACGAAGUAAUGCAUUUAUCAAAAAUAUAACACAUGGUAAUGGAGCAUUGGAAGACAGGUGCUGUGUCUCUUCAACAAAAAAUGUGCGCCUGCGUCAAAACAGGAGGGCAAAGAAAAUUCUCACACCGAUGGUUUUGGUGUUUGCAGUUACAAUGCUUCCUCUCAACGUCUUCAGACUAACCAUUGUGUUUUGGCCUGCAAUGGGGAAACAAGAUUAUUAUCAAAACCUGCUGUACGCAAUAUCGGUGUUUGUCAUGCUGAACUCUGCGGCCAAUCCUGUUAUCUAUUCAAUUGCAAGUAGGGACUUUCGCAGGGGAAUAAAAAAUUUAUUUCAUAAAGAAUCGCGAAAAAAAGAUUACUGAAGUGAAAGUUUAUUCAAAGCCGAUUCUGAUUUUU